AUGCUUGCGACUCCGCCAUGCCCUGCGCCUGGCAUCAACGCCAUCCCUCUGCCUCAGUUGAAGCGCAAGCGCUCCGAUUCCACGGAUAUGACGCCUGGUCAGGAUACUCCGGUUGCGACCAAGCUGCGCGCAGAGAACGCGCCGUGCGACUCGAUCGCCAUCAAGCAGGAUACCUCGUCAGCCGCCACCGACACGGAUACUGUGUCACUCGAAUCGCCUAACAGUCUUCCGACAAAUUCGCCGCCCGUGAUGUCGCAAUCGUCGCCGCCCCCUUCUCCAAGUCAGAGUGCAUCUGAACCUCCUGUGAUGACCAAGAACACCGGCGCACGGAAGGUUGAUGUGGAUACACUGCGUGAAACGCUUGAAGCCCAGCUUAGCUUGGAGGUGUUGUUAAAGCACAACGAACUUCGAUUGAUCGACCAAGAAAUCGCAAAGUGCCAGGUCGCGUUGGAGCAGUUACGCCGAUGCGCAGAGAUCCCUUAUCCGGGUUCGAAUGUGGCGGGCUAUUCGCAAGCUGUCAGCAGCGGGACGGGCAUGGCAGUGUGGGCUCCUGAAAAUGGACCUGCGCCAUUGUCUCCAGCACCCUGGGGCGUCACCGAUGGCCCGUACAGUCGCCAUCUCGCAAGAUGGCUAAUCCCAGAUCCUCGUUUCGAUGGCGGGGAGCUAGAACCUGCUACCCCAAUGACUGGCGGCCUUGCUAGUCCAUGGACUGAAGGGCGCUCGACUCGUGGAAGCUGUGGGGAUCUGGGUUACGUCGCUAGUAAGACGCGACCGCAACGAGGCACAAGUGGAAGAUUGCAGUCUCUACCCAACGGCUACCCGCAGCCAAAGGACAAGUCUGGCCCAAUGCUCAUCCGACGAAAAUCGGAUAAUUUACUCGUCAAGCUGGUGUGUCUGGAUUGUCGCCGGGACAAUUUCUCUAGCACGCAGGGAUUCAUCAAUCACUGUCGUAUUGCGCACAGCCGAAAUUACGCUAGCCAUGAAGCGGCGGCAGUUGAGUCGGGCGAACCUGUGGAAGUGGACGAGGCUGGCGCAGUAAUUGGCAGCAAAAUCGAAGCUUCCAGCCCGGCCACAGCUGGUUUCAUUCAUCCGUUGAUUCGGUCAGCGCAUGUCAUUGAGCCGCUUCCCAAGACGCCUACACCUGUAUCCGAUGCCACUGUGACUCCUCGAAAACGAUCUAGCCCUGUUCGACAGACUCCCUCUGGAGUGGAGACGACUCGAGCAUCUAACGCUGAUUCAAAGACAACAACACCCGCUACGGCCGGCAACGGUUCAUUCAUGUCUUCCCCUGCGACUCCUCAUUUGUCGAAUCUGAUGAAGCUUCGGGGCGUUGCGGUUGACCUAGAACAACUGGUCGGAGAUGCCAAGGCUGUGGUAGACCUGAAUGACUAUUCUGAUGAUGACGAUGGCGAGUCAGACGCCGGGUCCGUGCAACCUUCGGCAGAGAUGAGUCAGGAUCAGACACCGCUGGGAGCCCGUGCGGGCAGGCAACCGAUGCGUACGACAGCCUCGCAGGCGACAAGUCGUCGCCCUGGUAGCCGAAAGGGACUGGAUUCCCUGGAUCACAGGCCUCCACCCCUGCAAACCUCGACACCAACCCGGUCUACUGCUUACCAGUCGCCGUAUCCUUCCAUGUCUUGUCCUCCCCAGGGCUCGCAGAGGGGAGCUUUGCGAGAACUUGAAGGGACAGAACAAGCCUCGAAUCUCAGUCCGAAUACAGCCGAGUCAAAUCAAGCCCCGAGUCUCGUGAGUGAUGACGAUGAUUACGGCGAUGUGUCGGAUUCGGAUCCGGGGCCUAGUUCCUCUGAAGCAGGCGAUCAUGACGAAGAUUUGGGCCAUAUUGACGUCGAGGAUGGCGAUGAGAAUAGCGCGCGAUCGGCUGCUGCUACUCCGGCGAAGUCAGAUAUAGGGAUGGCAAGCACGGGGACACCCCAGGCACCGCCCUUAUCGAAGUCGCUGCGACGUGGCAGCAUUAAGAAGAAAGACCGACUCAUGGCGGCAUCAAUGGUUCCUCUAUCACGCGGCAAGGAAGAGAAGCGGGUGAGCUUCGUCAACCCCGACUCGAACCCUGCCAAGGACCCUCUGUCUUUUGAAACCUUCCAAACCCUUCUAGCGAGAUACCCAUCCACCGUGGAAUCCACCACGCGGCGCAAAGUCACCACCACUACCACCACCGAGAAGAAAUCUGCUGCCAGCAGUAACAGCAGCAGCAGUGGCAGCAGACCCAAAAGCAAAUCCGCACCCCAGGAUCGUGCAACUGAAGACCCCGAUGAUGUGUCAGCGGCCGUGAAGACCUACCUCGCCCUCGACGAGUUCCGCUACACGACCCUCCCGGAUGCAGUCCGUCAACGCGCCUCGACCACUAUCGGGGAUGAUGGGGAAGGAAGUGCCUAUCUAGAGAAGGAGGAAUUGGUGCGUUUGGUUGAGUGGAAGAUGAAACACGGAAAAACCCGCCCCGCAUUACUGGGGAUGAUCCGGUCGAAUCCCGACCGUCUGGUGCGAGAGGCUACGGGGUCGGCAUUUCGAUUAUUGCGGACGGUGGAAGUGCGGGAGACGUUCCCGGGGACUGCGUUGGAGACGUUGACGGGCCCGUUGAGGGGCGUUGGUCCUGCGACGGGGAGUUUGGUGUUGUCGGUUUUGUCGUCCGAUGAUGGUGAGGAUGAUGGGCAAGGGGUGCCGUUUUACAGUGAUGAUGUGUUUUUGUGGUUGUGUUUGGGGGUUUUCCCUGGCGGCGAUUUGGGAAAGGUAGGGAAGGCGUUUAAGCCGGGGAAGAGCGGGGAGUUGAACGUUAAGUAUACUGUUGGGGAGUAUCGACAGCUGUGGGAGGCGGUGCGCAGGUUGAGGGGGAGGUUGGGGGUUGGGUGUGCGGAGAUUGAGAAGGUGGCGUUUGUGGUGAGGUUUGGGGGUGUGGAUGGGGUGGAAGAGAAGAAGGAGGAGGAGAGGGAAAGAAUUGAUCUUCAAGAUACCCGGGGGAAGAGGAAGCGUGGGAAGAAUGAAGAGGAGGAGGAGAAGAAGAAGGAGAAGGAGCAAAAGGUUGGUGUGAGGAGAAGUACCAGAAGGAGAGGAGGAAAGUAG